GUGGAGAAGGUAAUAAGCAAUGCACAUGCUCCAAAACUUGAGCACACUGCAGUGUUUAUCUGAAAAUGAUAGUAAAUAAAUAUUUCUGCAAGUUGUUAAAUGCUCUUUUUUACAAUUAUUUAUUAUAGAUAGAUUAAAUUUAAAAAAAUAAAUUGUAACUAUUUUUGGUGGGCAUGAGCACGCGCAAUAAAUUCUACCUCACUUGCAAAGAAAUGGAAUGAUGCAAUCUCAUUCAGAUUUACUGUGGGAUUUAGGAGCCAAAACUAGACAGUCAAUAUCCGUGGCGGUAACAUGGAAGUUACUGUUGAUGAUCCACAUUACCAAUCUAACAAUGAAACAGAUGGCUCUUUAGAAGUACACAAUACUGCAAUAAACCCAAUACCACCUGUUCAAUCCAUUCCAUCUUCAACCGAAUCUGGAAUCAUACCAAAGAUUCACAAUGUUGUAUGUUGCGUUGACUUAGGAUGUUAUCUAGAUCUUUGCAAAAUAGCUUUUAGACUGAGAAAUGCCGAGUACAAUCCAAGAAGAUUCCAUGCAGUUAUCAUGAGGAUAUUAGAUCCAAAAACGGCUGCUCUUAUAUUUCGAACAGGAAAAAUUGUUGUGACUGGAGCUAAAAGUGAAACUGCUGCUCACUUGGCUGCAAGGAAAUAUGCAAGGUUGAUUCAAAAGCUUGGUUUCGAUGUACGUUUUAAAGACUACAAAAUCCAGAAUUUGGUUGCAACAUGUGAUGUCAAAUUUCCAAUCAAAAUUGAAGAUAUGUUUACAUGCUAUUACCAGUUUUCCAGGUAUGAACCAGAACUUUUCCCUGGACUAAUCUAUAGAAUGGUACAGCCUAGGGUGGUAUUACUUGUGUUUGUAUCUGGAAAAAUUGUGAUAACAGGAGCAAAGAGUACGUCUGAGUUAAAAGAAGCAUUUGAAAACCUUUAUCCAGUUCUUAAGAUGUACAGAAAGUUAUAAAUUGUUACUUUAAUGUUAUGUAAAUAGAAAAAAAAAAGACUGUACAUAGUGAACAGGUUAUCUAUUUUUGUAAAAACCAAUAAAAUUAUUAAAAUAA